UUUUCGGGUACAUGGGGAAUUGGAGAGUCCUAAAUAUAACGGCUUAUAUACCGGAAGUUGCGCCCAUCAACCCCGGGACAGUGUCUGCAAUUUUCAUCUGUGCAUUACUUUGCAUAUUGCAGCUGGUUGGUACGUUGUAUGACGUCAUCAUUGAACGGCCUCGAAAAAACGGUAGUCGGAAGAAUCUACAGGCUACGCUUGAAGAAGAAGGUAUUUCCCGCCGACUACUUCUGGCCUUUUCCAUCUAUAACAACCUCGAGAGGCUUUUCAGCACCAAGCAGACGUCUGGCAGUAUCCCCUGUCUACACGGCAUCCGCUUCCUCAGUCUCAGCUGGGUCAUCUUGGGUCACACGUACAUCUACUCAGUCGAAACUAUUGAUAAUCCGGUGGUGCUACUUGAAAUAGUCAAAACGUUUACAUUUCAAGUGGUUCUCCAGACCAUUCUGGCGGUGGACACAUUCUUUUUUCUCGGUGGGCUACUAUUGGCGUAUCUCUUGUUGAAACGAUUGGAAGAGUCAUCAGAAGAAGGAAAAACGAUCAGAUUUUUGAUGCUGUACGUCCAAAGAUACCUCAGGCUGACUCCAACAUUGCUGUUUGUGAUCAUGGUGGUGGUAUGGGUGCUGCCUCAGCUGUUUAUGGGACCCAUGUGGCACUCAAAGUUGAGUUCUCUAGAGGGCUGCCGGACAAACUGGUGGAAAAACAUCCUCUACAUAAACAACCUCCUCCGUGACGACCAGGCAUGUCUGGACUUCACGUGGUACCUGGCUAACGACAUGCAAUUCUUCAUCAUCGGGGUUCCCAUAGUCUACCUCCUCUACAGGUAUUGGUACGUCGGCCUUGCAGGACAACUGGCCCUUCUUCUGGCCAACUUCGCUGCCACGGCCGUGGUAGCAGUGGAAUAUGACAUCAGGGUUGACUUCUUCAUUGCCGAAGCGCAAGAGCGAAGAAAUAGAGAUGAGCCCGACCCUAAGUUCACGGAGUACUACAUCAAACCCUGGGUCCGGAUUGGUCCGUACCUUGUCGGCAUGUUGGUCGGUUGGGUCUUGUACAAGACGAGAGAGAUGCGUCAGGAGAACAAACGUGAUGAAAAGAUGGUAUUGUGGUUAGUCUGUAUCGGCUGGUGCACCGCCACAGCGACCGCCCUUGCCGUGGUGUACGGCAUGUACGGAGUCUACAACGGGGCAGUCCUCACCUACUCAGGCAACCUGUUCUUUGUCACCGUGCACCGGGUUGUCUGGGCCAUGGCGAUUGGCUGGAUGGUCGUCGCCUGUUACCAUGGAUACGGAGGUGUGGUGAACACUAUCCUGUCCUGGAACGUCUGGGUUCCCCUGAGUCGUCUGACGUACUCCGCCUAUCUCAUACAUCCCAUCGUCAUGUACCUGACGUACCACACUGCCGAGAGUACGAUACACCUAACCACCUUCAACAUGAUCCACCUGUUCCUGGGACAUCUCAUGCUAGGGUACGGCCUGGCAGUCCUGGUGUUUGUGUUUGUGGAGAGUCCUAUUAUCAGUCUACUGAAGAUCGCUGUGGGAAACAGAGCUGCACCAAACCAGCACCGUCCUUUAGAUUACAAAAGUUUACCGUGAAUAUAGUUUGAACAAACCAAAAAUGAUACACGUCUACCAGCCUCUACCAGGCUUGGGGAGGCGGCUGAAAAGAGUAGAA